GGUAGUAGUAGUAGAAGUGGUAGUAGGAGUAGGAGUAGGAGUAGUAGUAGUACCAAUAUAAGAUAGAUUGACCAAUGUACAUGAUAGAUAAGUUAAUACCGAUCAUAAUACAUGUGAUAAAUUAUGUUACUGAGUGAAACUCCACUUUAUAUAUACAGAUAUAAAUAGGAAAUUAUAGUUGAUAUAUCGAUUAGUAUUAUUAUUUCUAGGUCAUAAGAUUUUGUUUAUUUAAACAAUUUGAUGAGUAUUCUAUUUUAAAUAAUUAUGAAUGAAUUAAAUAUUGAAUAAAUCAUUAGUAAAUUAUAUUUACUUACAAGAAUAAUAGUAAUUUAUUUAAAAAUUAAACUGUUUCAUGAUUAUCCUGAAGAAGAUCAAACAAGUUUGAGGGACGAAACAUUGGAAUUAUUAUUUAAAAUUUCAAUUAUUGAGAUUAUUUCAAAUAUAAUGAAUUAUUAUAAUAAUUGUAAUAAUUUAUUAUUAUAUCGAUUAUCAUCAAUGACUUCAUCUUCUAUAAUUUGUGAAUCAUUCAAUUCAGAUAUUCCAUAUUCUGAAUUGACUCCAAUUGAUUUAAAUACUACUACUAGUAGUACUACUUCUACGAAUACAACUACAUUAUCAUCUAAUAUUAUAGAUCCUAUUACUACUACUCCUGCUACUACUCCUGCUACUGCUACUACUACUAUAAAUGAUUUAGAAAGUAGUAUAAUUCAUGAAAAUAGUAAUAUACCUAUACGAUGUAAAUCAUUAGAAAUAAAAUCAACUGAAAAAUCUUCUACAUCAAAGAAACGUCAUCGAAGUACUAUUGAUAAUCAAUGGAAUCGUUCUAAUUCAAUGAAUACUUUAUUAAAUUUAAAAUAUCAUCAUACAAAGAAUAAUCUAUGUCUACCGCUUAAUGAAGAACAAAAACAUCAAGAAGAAUGUAUGAUCGAUGUAAAGAAACGUAAAACUAUGGAUGAUAAUAUGCUUCAAGUUGAUACAAUGAUUCCUGAAUCAUCAGUUUAUAAUUAUACUACUAAUAAACCAUAUGAAUAUGAAGAAUCAAUUCAUGAUUAUCCAAAAUUUAAAUCUUUUAAUCAACAAUUAAAUAUGAAUAGAACCUAUUCAUCACAUUGGAUGAAUUCAUAUGAACAAUUGGACAGUAAUAAAGAAGAAUUGACAAAUGAACUAUCUACCAAUCGUAUACCAUUAAAACAAUCAAUGAAAAAGGGCUCUACACGUGAUAAUAUAUCGAAAACAUUGACUAAUUAUGAUAAUAAUGGUAAUUGGAAUACUUUCAAUGAUACAAUGAAUGUGAAUCAUCCUAAAGUUGAAGUGGAUAAUGAAUUAUCAUCUGCGUCGGAGCUUACAACUGCUGCGUAUAAUAGUUUUGUACGUCGUGUAGUUGAUGAUACAUUGGAUCGUACAGUGACAUUUUGUGAACAACCACGACACGCUAUAACAGCUUUAGAAAAUAUCUGUACAAGAGCAUGGCCCCAAUUAGAAGUGAAACGUCAUCGUACUCGAAUACGUGCUUAUCUUAAAGCAUGUAGACGUAAUUCAAAAAAGAAUAAAGGUCAAAUCAAUAUGAAAGAACCACCUGCAAAUGGCUUGUCAAUUGAAGCUCGACAGCUUGUAUCAAAAGCGUUAACUUUGGUAGCUGGGGAUUUAGACUACUUAAGACAAACAAUGCAAGCAGAGAAAGUUAAAAAUGGAUCAUUAUUUUCCUCCUCAAAAUUAGACAAUUCAAGUGAGAAAUCAUACUCAACCACAUCCACCACUAGUAAACGAUCUCCUGCAAGUUAUACAUCAAAAAUGAAUUUAUCCACCAUAACAACAACAACAGCAGCAGUAGCAGUAGGAACAGCGAACAGUUUAGAUUUCACAGAGAUUUCUAAACAAAGACAUGAUCAAUAUGAAACUUACGGCGGUGGUAAUAAGUUAAAAUUUAAUAAUAAUAAUAAUAAUAAUGAUAAUAAUAACCAUGGUAAUAAAAAUCUUUGGAAUAUAUCCAAUAAUCUAUUAAAUGAUAUUAUCAAUAAUACAUCAUUCCCAUUUACUGAUCCAUUAUUUUGGUCGAAUUCAUUCAUUCAAAAUACUAAUUUAGAUGGGAAUUAUUUAGCCACUGCAGCAGCGGCAGCAGCUGCUGCUACAGCGAUGGCUGCUGUUAAUCCAGCUAAUCUAUUGAAAUUAUUACCAGCUUCAAUACAAUUAAACAAUAACACAUAUCCAUCUACUAAUAUUAUUACGACUACGACUGGUACUACUACUACUACUAGUACUUCCUAUUCUUUAACUACUUCACCUUUCACAUCAUCGUCAUCAUCAUCAGUAUUUUCAAAUUCGCCUAGAUUAUUGAAUCAUGACAAUGUGAAUAAUGGUGAAAAUAUCAAUCUUACUACUACUACUAAUACUACUACUAAUAAUAAUAAUAGUAAUAUGGAUUGUGAUGUGAAACAUGAUCAGCUAACUAUACAGGGAAAAUACUCUAAACGAAAUAAAUUACAAUCAAAUUCAACAUGGUUUGAUGAUGAUCAUCUGCUUCAGAUCAGUACUAACAAUGGUAUCCAUGGUAACUCCUUGAGUCCUAAAUUGAAUGAGUCUAAAUUUACAUUAUCCAAUAAAGAUUUUAAUAUAGAAUCCGAAAUAAGUAGACAAUCUAAUUUAAUGAACUUGUAUCGUUUAUAUUUCUCAAAUGAUCCAAGUCAUAACAAUAAUCAUUAUAAUAAUGAUUUAACUGACUGUUCACCACCGCCUGCACAUAUUAGUUCAAUUCAAUAUAGUCCGAUAAUUAAUCAAAUAUUAGACAGAUUAACGGAUUCAUCAUUGUUAACUCAUAAUGAUGUAGAAUUUUUUAUAAAAAAUUUUGAAAUUACUAAAGUUGCAAUUCAACAAGCACGUUGUAGAUCCAAUUUAAUUUUGAAGAAAAUUGAAAUUGUAGAAAAUCAAUUGAAAUCUUCUUCAAUGAUCCAUUCAAAGACAAUGCCAUUGAAUCUAUCUUGAACUCUAACUUCCUUCUAUAUAUACAUAUACCAUUCGGCUAAUUUAUAAUAUGUAAAAAUGAUUACUAUAAAUUGAUCAUUAUGACCAUUGUUUGAUGUGUACAAAAUAUAAUGAGAUUGACAAAGAAUUGAACAAAGAAUCAUCUUGAAUUCAUCCUGUGUUAUACAUUAGAUAGCAACUAAAUCUUAAAGAAUGGACUUGCGGUUACUUCAUUUUGUUUGUUAUUGUUGUUGUUGUUCUUGUUCAUGUUAUUUGUCUUCAGUGUAUUGACCUGGAAACUAUAGACAAAGACAUCUAUUUUCUUUUUUUAGUAUAUAUAUAUGUAUAUUGAUUGCUCAAUAGUUAGUUAUUUUGAGAAAUGUAAUUCACUUUUGAUUUAUUAAACAGUUAGUUUUAAAACAAAAGGAGUUUACUUACUUACUUACCUAUGCCUGUUACACCUCGUCGAGGAGCAUAGACUGCUCACCAGCAAGCAGUCCGAAUUGAGGACUGUGUGCGAAAGUGGAGUUUCUGAUGUAUUAUUUCUUUAACAAGCUUGUUGACUAUGAAAGUAUAACAAAGGUGUUGAUUAAUUGUAGAAUGAUUAACUAUUGUUUGGUAAUCAGAACAUUUAUUUUCGAAUGGUAACGAGAGAAACAGGUUGCAGUUAAACUCAACUAGAUUUCGUAAUCGUGGCAAUCUACUUAACGACCAAUCAAAAUGAAGCGGGAAUUAUUGUGUAUCCCCCCAUUUUUGUAAGUAAUGGCGGUUGGCUUUCUUCGUUCUGUGCUUUUUUCCCGCUAUUUAUUUUGUGUUACUUACUUAAGCUUGUUACUCCCAAUGGAGCAUAGGC